AAGUCAUUUUCUGCCAGACUACAUGGCACAACAUCUUUGUAUACAGCCAUCUUCAUAAAAGUUGCCAUCUCUGAAGGAGCUACUUUACAUGGAAGUUAAGAAGCCUGCAGACAGAUGAAGGAUCACCGAAAGUUUUCAUCUAACUUCAUGGCAAUGGCACAAUCUCUGCGAUGGAUGUGUCUGGUAUGUGACAAUGAUGCUAAGGGUUUGUGUCAUUGCGGUGAGUAUUUUGGCAACAGCUUUAGCUCUGGACAAUGGGCUAGCCCUUACACCACCAAUGGGGUGGCUUGCCUGGGAGAGGUACCGUUGUAUAGUUGAUUGUGUGGCAUAUCCAGAUGACUGUAUCAGUGAACAGCUGUUUCGCCGUACAGCAGAUCUGCUGGUGUCAGAAGGCUAUGCGGAUGUUGGAUAUGAGUAUGUAAUUAUUGAUGACUGCUGGUUAGCCUUAGAACGAGACAGUGAUGGUCGACUUCAGCCUGAUCCACAGCGAUUUCCAAGCGGCAUCAAGGCGCUGGCUGACUAUGUUCAUUCCCGAGGGCUGAAAUUUGGUAUCUAUGAGGAUUUUGGGACUUACACAUGUGCAGGUUACCCUGGUGUUGUGGGUCACAUGCAGACAGAUGCACAGACGUUUGCAGACUGGGAGGUAGACUAUGUGAAACUGGAUGGUUGUUGGUCAAAACCUGAAGACAUGGAUACAGGCUACCCACUGUUCGGACAGUACCUGAACCAGACUGGGCGUCCCAUGGUUUACUCCUGCAGUUGGCCAGUGUAUCAAGAGUUUGCAGGCAUUGAGCCUGAUUUUGAGUCCUUGAAGGAGAAUUGCAACUUGUGGCGCAACUAUGUGGAUAUUGAUGAUUCAUGGGAAGAAGUAGAAAUUAUCAUGGACUAUUUUGCAGAAAGACAGGACAGGAUUGCUGAUCACGCUGGUCCUGGACACUGGAACGAUCCUGAUAUGCUAAUUAUUGGGAACUAUGGACUGAGUUACGACCAGAGUAAAGUGCAAAUGGCCAUCUGGGCAAUCCUGGCUGCUCCAUUGCUCAUCUCUACGGAGCUCAGAGAUAUCAAACCUGAAUACAAAGCAAUCCUACAAAACAAGGAUAUUCUCGCUGUCAAUCAAGAUGCACUGGGCAUCCAGGGACAUCGCAUUAACAGUUCAGCAGGGAUUGAAAUCUGGACUCGUCCUAUCAGCCCUUUGUUAGGUGAUAAAUAUUCAUAUGCUGUGGCUUUCGUAAGUCAUCGAAUAGAUGGAUAUCCUUAUCUUAUCUCUGUGAACCUUGCUGAAAUAGGGCUUACCAGUGCACAGGGAUAUAACUUCCAGGACUUAUAUGAUCCAGAAAGCCCUCCGGAAAUCUUAAAACCAGACUCAAUUCUAAGCAUUCGAGUAAAUCCAUCAGGGGUGGUAUUUUACAGAGCCACUAUUAUUACAGCACUGUAAUAGACAUUUCAUAAGGACUUUAGAGCUGAAAGAAAAUUUGGAUGUAUCAAUACAUUAAUGAAAUAUGGAAGACUCAGAAUUGCACCAGUCUACAUUAAACUUCAUAUGAACAGAGGUUUACUCUUACAGAAGAAAUAGUAAGAUUUAUUCUUUGUAAUGUAGACUCUGGAGAUUGUGUCUAUUUUAACAUUUAUUUUAUGUAUUAAAAAUAAUUUUUAUAUACGAA